AAUUGGGGAAGCAGUUUCAUGCAUUCGAGAACAAGACUGGAGUGAAAGGAAAGGCUUGUGCGCAAUCACGUCACAAAGCAUGUGAUUUUCCGCAGCUCGCACCCAGCAGCAGGGCUUUGCAAGAGAAAAAAGAAAAAAGGCAGUAUUCGAAGUGUCGUGGCGGAGAAGACAACAACUGCAAGGAAUGAAUCCCGAGAUAGGGAAAGAAACAACAAUUUUGCAGUGGGGUUGCGGACAACAGACUUGCGUGCACAGGAAUGGAGGCUGUGAUUCAGUGGGGUGCUGUAGCAGGAUGAGGUGAGGUGCGGGACCCAGUUGCUCGAGAAUCGCGCACUGGAUCCACCUCUGCCGUGCACUCACCAUGCGGCUUCAUCCGGAUCACGAGGCCCUGAGUGAUGGUUUCCUUCCUACGACUCUCCUUUGUGGACGCUUGUCGCUGUUUUGUUGCAACCGAGCUUGUGGGUACUGUUGGUGUGAUCGAGGCAGGGGGCAGGAGUCAGUUGCCGAAUCCUACGAGAGCCAACGGUUUUUCGCGACGCAUGGAUGGCAUGAGCAUCGGAGUGCGGGGUGCUUGGAAUUCGACUGCAACCAAUCAAGCUUUUUCUCAGGUUGCAGUUGCUUGGACCAAAGAAGUUGCGAGGUUAAGUUAUUGCAAGGCGACCUUGCCCUGCCAUAUUCGUCCCGUCGAGGGAUGUGUAAUUGGUGACUGACGAUCUCACUACCGAACAGCAAAUUCUCCCAUCGCAGCAAUCUCUUUAUAUGAAGCUUCAUUCGAUCAGUCAGCGGACAUGUGACAGUUCGGUGUACUCUUCGCCCAGGGCCCCAUCAUUUAUGAAAACCUCAUUCAGCGGUACAGCCCUGAUCUGCUGAAGCAGUUCGUCGUCAUCAUCAUCAUUUUAUCCGGGUGUGUGAGCUCUUUUCCUUUUGUCUGGAUUCGCUGCACUUAUUCUUAAUACAGUAUGGGAUGUACUGCACCCCAGUUCAAUUCCAGGUGCAGCAAAGUCCAACCACAUUGAGCGAGUCCGGAAAUAAUACUUUUUUUAGAGUAAAACUGAUGAUAUAAUGUAAUACAAUAUAAUUCUGUAA